AGACCUGAAAGUGGCACAUGGCAGAGUGUGGCGAUGGAGACAGCAGCAAUGGGUGGCCGUACAGCCCCCCUAUGUCAAAAAAUUUAAAAACACCAGCAGUGUGUGGGAGACCCCAAAGUGGAAUGGCAGAGUGUGGCGAUGGAGGAAAAGCAGCAAAGGGGGGGCCCGUACAGGGAAAACCCCUGAGACACUCUGGACCCCCGGGGGAAACAGCAUGAGGGGGCGGCAGGGGCCCAUGGCAGAUUAGGGGCCUUGGGAGCGCCAAAGGGGGCCCCCUUUAAACUGCCAGCACCCAAAAGUCAAAAAAAGGGAAAACACCAGCGUGUGUGAGGAGACCUGGGAAAAUGGCAAA